UGGCGCUUGCGGCGCUUCCGCUGCCCGGGGGCCCGGGGGCCCCGGGAGCUGUGCAGCCGCCUGCACCAGCUGUGCCGCCAGUGGCUGCGGCCGGAGCGGAGCAGCAAGGCGGAGAUGCUGGACCGGGUGGUGCUGGAGCAGUUCCUGGCCCUGCUGCCCGCGGAGAUGGCGCGCUGGGUGGGCGAGUGCGGAGCGGAGAGCUGCUCGCAGGCGGUGGCCCUGGCCGAGGGCUUCCUGCUGAGCCAGGCGGCGGGCGACGCGCUGGGAACGCAGCAGGUGCAGGAGCCAUUCAUGGGGGAGAUCUCAGCAGAGCUCCAGGAAAGAGGAGAUCGAUCCAGUCCUUCUAAGGAGCUGCUUUUCGGGAGGAUCCAACUUGGGCCACCUCUCCACGGCUCUGGUCCCUUUGAGGAGGUGGCUAUGGACUUCACGGAGGAGGAGUGGGCACUGCUGGAUCCCGGCCAGAGGGCCUUGUGCAGGGAAGUCAUGCUGGAAGUUUCUAGGAAUUUGGCUGCUCUGGCUGAUAGGCCAGAGAAUGAAAACGACAUGCUAGUGAGGUUAGUGCCACUGCAAACAGCAAAGCAAGAAGUCGAAGAGGUGAUGUUUUGCCAUGAAGGGGAUCCCAAAAGGCAAGAGAGAAGCCACUCAGAAGACAGGGGGGAGAAGUCCUCCACGUCUCUCCCUGUUGAAAUCCAUGGCCUCCUGACCCAGCAAGAUCAGAAAGGGAAGAGAAAGGGAAAACAUGCAGGACAUGGAAAAAGAGAGAAAAAUGAAUUUGAUUUACGUGAAUAUGGCAGAAGCCAGACUAAAGGCUCCAGACAGUAUGGAAAAUACAUCAAUCAUUUCUUCUCUCUCACUUUACUUAAGAAACUGUAUAGGAAAUACAAACCAUUUAUAAAAUAUGGAAAGAGUUUCAGUCUGAGUAGAGGGAUGAAACUAUGCAUGAAGUCUGGAAAGAGCUUCAGUAGCAACAGUACUCUUCACCACCACCAGAGGAUCCACACAGGGAAGGGACCGUAUAAAUUCAUGGAGUGUGGAAAAAGCUUUAGUCAGAAUAGAGUGCUUAUUCAUCAUAAAAAGAUCUGCCCUGGAGAGAUACCAUAUAAAUGCAUGGAGUGGGGAAAGAGCUUUAUUGACAACAGAGACCUUACUUGCCACCAAAGAAUCCACACAGGGGAGAGACCAUAUACAUGCACAGAGUGUGGAAAGGGGUUUACUCGGAAAGGACAUCUUACUUGUCAUGAAAGGAUUCACACAGGGGAGAAACCUUAUAAAUGCACCGAGUGUGGAAAGGCCUUCAGAACAAAUGGUCAUCUGACUCGCCAUCAGAGGAUCCACAUAGGGGAGAAAACGUAUAGUUGCAGAGAGUGUGGGAAGAGAUUCAUUGAGAAUAGAGACCUUACUUCCCAUCAAAGGAUCCACACAGGGCAGAGUCUGUAUAAAUGCCUGCAGUGUGGAAAGAGCUUUACUCAGAAAGGACAACUUAAUUCUCAUCAAAGGAUCCACACAGGGGACAAACCUUAUAAAUGCACAGAGUGUGGAAAGGGCUUCAGUACAAACUGUAAUCUGACUCGCCAUCAGAGGAUCCACACAGGGGAGAGACCAUAUAAAUGCCUGGAGUGUGGAAAGAGUUUUUUUGACAACAAAGACCUUACUCGUCACCAAAGGAUCCACACGGGGGAUAAACCAUAUCAAUGCCUGGAGUGUGGAAAGAGCUUUACUCAGAAAGGACAACUUAAUUCUCAUAAAAGGAUCCACACUGGCGAGAGACCAUAUAAAUGCAUGGAGUGUGGAAAGCAGUUCACUCAGAAAGGACAUCUUACUCAUCAUGAAAGAAUCCACACGGGGGAGAAACCAUAUAAAUGCACAGAGUGUGGAAAGGGCUUUGCUAAGAAAGGACAACUUAAUUCUCAUAAAAGGAUCCACACAGGGGAGAGACCGUAUAUAUGUAAAUUGUGUACCUCUAGCUUCAGUAGCAACAGUACUCUUAAUCGCCAUCAGAGGAUCCACACAGGGGAGAAGCCAUAUAAAUGCACAGAGUGUGGAAAAAGCUUUUGUCGGAACACACAGCUUAUUCAUCAUAAAAGGAUCCACACAGGGGAGAGACCAUAUAAAUGCAUGGAGUGUGGAAAGAGCUUUAUUGAGAAUAGAGACUUUAUUCGCCAUCAGAGGAUCCACACAGGGGAAAAACCAUAUAAGUGCCUGGAGUGUGGAAAGAGCUUUAUUGACAGCAGAGACCUUAGUCGCCACCAAAGGAUCCACAGAGAGGAGAGACCAUAUAAAUGUAUGGAGUGUGGAAAAAGCUUUAAUGACUACAGCACCUUUACUCACCAUGAACGGACCCACACUGGAGAGACUCGAUACAAAUGCAUGGAGUGUGGGAAAAGAUUUAAUAACUACAGCACCUUUACUCAUCAUCAAAGGAUCCAUGCAGGGGAGAAACCAUAUAACUGCAUGGAGUGUGGAAAGAGCUUUACCCGGAAAGGACAUCUUACUCGUCAUGAAAGGAUCCACACAGGGCAGAAACCUUAUAAAUGCCCAGAGUGUGGAAAGGGCUUCAGUACAAAUUGUAAUCUGACUCGCCAUCAGAGGAUCCACACAGGGGAGAAACCAUACAGUUGCAGGGAGUGUGGAAAGAGAUUCAUAGAGAACAGUGACCUCACUUCCCAUCAGAGGAUCCACACAGGGGACAGACCAUAUAAAUGCAUGGAGUGUGGAAAGAGCUUUUUUGACAACAGUAACCUUACUCGCCACCAAAGGAUCCACAUAGGGGAUAAACUGUAUAAAUGCCUAGAGUGUGGAAAGAGUUUUACUCAGAAAGGAAAACUUAAUUCUCAUAAAAAGAUCCACACAGGGGAGAGACCAUAUAAAUGCAUGGAAUGCGGAAAGAACUUUAUUGACAACUGUGAUCUUACUUCCCAUCAAAGGAUCCACACAGGGGAGAGACCAUAUAAAUGCAUGGAGUGUGGAAAAAGCUUUCGUCGGAACACAGAACUUAUUCAUCAUAAAAGGAUCCACACUGGGGAGAGACCAUAUAAAUGCAUGGACUGUGGAAAGCAGUUUACUCAGAAAGGGCAUCUUACACAUCAUGAAAGAAUCCAUACAGGGGAGAAACCAUAUAAAUGCAGAGUGUGUGGAAAGAGCUUUGCUCAGAAAGGACAGCUUAAUUCUCAUGAAAGGAUCCACACAGGGGAGAAACCAUAUAAGUGUAUGGAGUGUGGAAAAAGCUUUCGUUGGAGCACAGAACUUAUUCAUCAUGAAAGGAUCCACACUGGGGAGAGACCAUAUAAAUGCAUGGACUGUGGAAAGCAGUUUACUCAGAAAGGACAUCUUACUCACCAUGAAAGAAUCCACACAGGAGAGAAACCAUAUAAAUGCACAGAGUGUGGAAAGAGCUUUGCUCGGACAGGACAACUUAAUUCUCAUAAAAGGAUCCACACAGGGGAGAGACCAUAUGAUUGCACGUAGUAUGGAGAAAGCUUUAACAAUUACAAGACCUUUACUCAUCAUGAAAGCAUCCACACUGGGGAAAGUCCAUAUAAAUGCAUGGAGUGUGGAAAAAACUUUAACAACCACUAGACUUUUACUCAUAAAUGGAUCCAUACAGGUGAGGAACAAUAUAAAUGUAUAGCGUGUGGAAAUAACUUUACUGGGGAAGAACAUCUUACUGGUUAUGAAGGACCCACACAGGAAAUGAACCUUAUAAAUGCACAGAGCGGAAAAACCUUCAGUCAAAACUCUUACCUAAUUUGCCAUAAGAGCAUCCACACAAGGGAGAAACCAUAUGUAGGUCGUCCUCGCUUAACGACCACAAUUGGGACCGGAAAUUAGGUCGCUAAGCAAUGCAGUUGUUAAGUGAGACAUCACAUGACCGCUUCCCUUAGCGACCACACUCCCGGCUGCCAUCAUUAAGCAAGAAUCGUGGCUCGUUAUGUGGGUCCCAUGUAAGAAGCACGGGGGAGCCUCGGGGUGGGGGAGGCCCUGGGAAGCUUGGUGCAGGCUUUGUGUGAGUUGGGAGGAUGCUGCAAUGUGGUGCAAAGCUGUAGCUGCCCCAGCGGCACUUACGACUGCAAGGGCGCUGCAACUCCCCCCACAUGCCUAUCUCCUUCCCCACCUAUGCCCUUUUGACCACCCUGGACAACUUCACUCAUCAGUGGCAGUGCCAAGGCUGUGGCUAAAGUAGAGGCCCAGGCCCUUCAGCAGUCUCAGCCAGCUGCCAGUGCCCCCAGACCUCUACUUCAGCACCACUGCCACUGGGAAAUGCCACCUCAAGCCUGGCCUUCGCCAUCUUGCUCCGUUCCCCAAGCCACACCUCUCGUUCCUUCCCCAAGCUGCGCCUCUCAAUCCGUCCACAAGCCGGUGCCUGAUUCCUUCCUUUGUCGUCGUUAAGCAAGGACUACCUGUAGUUGCAGGGAGUGUGGAGAUUCACUGAGAACAGUGACCUUUCUUCCCAUCAAAGGAUCCACAUGGGGGACAGACCGUAUAAAUGCCUGGAGUGUGGAAAGAGCUUUACCCAAAAAGGAAAACUUAAUUCUCAUAGGUUCCACACAGGGAAGGAACCAUACAAAUGCAUGGAGUGUGGAAAGAGCUUUAAUGAUUACAGCACCUUUACUUCUCCUAAAGGGAUCCACACAGGAGAAACCAAA